CCAUAAUUACCCACACUCUCAUUCUUCCCCUCAUCCUCUAACUCUCACUCUCUCAGUUGUACAACUACAAAUGUUCUAACACACAAUAACCAUUUUAGUGAUUUCACACAAUUCAACCAAAAUUCAGCAAAAAUCCCCAGAAAAUUUUGACGAAUUUUGUCAAUUUCUGGGCACAAUUAAGGGUUUUGGGUUUUUCGAAUUCACCCUGUACCUUAUCUUCCUCCUCUACUACAAUCUGAGAUUUCUGGGUUUUCUCCAAUGUUUCUUCAACCUUUUCUCACUCUUCCUUCCACUAUCUCCUCACCCACCAAUUCUUCUUCUUCUUCUUCUUCUCUCCAUUUCACAAAACCCCUUUUCCUCCGCCCUUCAAUCUCUCUCCUCCGCCGGAAAACACCCUCCGCCGCCGGAAACUACUACCCAAACCCGUCCGAUGACGACCCACCCGAAGCCCCAGAAGACAGUUCUCACGGUGUCUCGAAAUUCGGUCAAAUCCAACGCCAAGCUGCCCGUGCUCGGAAGCUAGAGGAGGAGGAUUUCGAGAAGAACCGUUCAGUUUUCCUUGACGCCAUUAAAGACGUGGAGGAUGCUCCUGAGAACGAGGAUUACUCCACCGGAGUCAGCGGUUCUGGGGAUGAUUUGUUUGGCGAUAUCGAUAAGGCAAUUGCCCAGAAGAGGAAGGAGUUUGUGAAGAAAGGGCUGUUAAAACCCAAUCCACCAAAGAGUGAAAGGGUUGUGGAGGUAGCAGAUGAUGAAUUGGGGCAAGAAGAGGUUGUUGAUUUGGAAGAGAUUGAUGAACUGCAAGGUUUAAGGGUUGUGGAUGUAAGCGAAAAAGAGGAAGAAUUUGAUGAUGAUGAUAUUGAUGUUGAGGUAAGUGAAUUGGGUAAGAAUGGUUCUAGUUCUAGUUUGUUUGAUGCUUCAUUUGAUAUUGAUUUUGAUAGUUUAGGUAAUAAUAGUAGUAAUAAGGUUAGAAUUGUGGAACCCAGUUUUAAAAUGACAUUAGCUGAGCUUUUAGAUGAGUGUAAAGUAGUGCCUAUUUCAGUUUAUGGGGAUUUAGAGGUUGAAAUUACUGGGAUUGAGCAUGAUUCGAGGUUGGUUAAUUCUGGGGAUUUGUUUGUGUGUUGUGUUGAUGGGAAUUUGUGUUUGAUUGAGGCUGAUAAAAGGGGUGCUGUUGCUGUUGUUGCUAGCAAAGAGAUUGAUAUUGAGGAAACUUUAGGGUGUAAAGCAUUGGUAAUUGUGGAGGAUACAAAUGCUGCACUUCCUGCAUUAGCUGCAGCUUUUUUUAGGUACCCAACUAAAAGUAUGUCUGUAAUUGGGAUUACUGGUACUCAUGGGAAAACUACAGCUGCACAUUUGAUAAAAACUAUGUAUGAAGCAAUGGGGUUAAGAACAGGGAUGAUGAGUUCAGUUGCAUAUUAUGUACAUGGGGAUAAUAAGCUGGAUUUCCCAGAAGCAAACCCAGAUGCUGUUUUGGUACAGAAGUUAAUGGCUAAGAUGCUUCACAAUGGAACUGAAGCAGUUGUUAUGGAGGCCUCCUCUAAUGAACUGACUCAUACGCGUUGUGAGGAAAUUGAUUUUGAUAUCGCGGUUUUCACUAAUUUGUCAAGGGACAAUUCCCAUUUUCAAGGGAAUGAAGAAGAAUUUAGGGUUGCUCAGGCUAAAUUGUUUUCUAGGAUGGUUGAUCCAGAUAGACACAGGAAGAUUGUCAAUGUUGAUGACCCUAAUGCGCCGUUCUUUAUAGCACAAGGGAACCCUAAUGUCCCUGUUUUAACCUUCGCACUUGAAAAUAAGGAUGCAGAUGUUCAUCCUUUGAAGUUUGAACUUUCUCUGUUCGAAACCACUGUUCUGGUUAAUACUCCUCAGGGUAUAUUGGAGAUUUCAUCAGGGUUGCUUGGGAGGCAUAAUAUCUAUAAUAUACUUGCAGCAGUUACUGUAGGGAUUGCAGUUGGGGCCCCGUUGGAAGAUAUAGUUAGGGGUAUUGAAGAGGUUGAUGCAGUUCCAGGGAGGUGCGAGGUAAUAGAUGAAGAACAGGCGUUUGGGGUGAUUGUGGAUCAUGCCCGUACUCCGGAUGCCUUAUCUAGACUUCUUGAUUCGGUCAGGGAGCUCCAACCAAGGAGGAUAAUUACUGUUAUUGGCUCUUGUGGUGAGAAAGAGAGGGGAAAGAGACCCAUGCUGGCCAAGGUAGCAACUGAUAAAAGUGAUGUGACUAUGCUGACAUCAGACAAUCAAGGAAGCGAAGAUCCAUUGGAUAUACUGGACGACAUGUUGGCUGGAAUUGGAUGGACAAUGCAAGAUUACUUGAAACAUGGGGAGAAUGAUUAUUAUCCUCCUCUUCCAAAUGGCCACAGGCUUUUCCUGCAUGAUAUUAGACGUGUAGCUGUGCGUUGUGCUGUUGCAAUGGGUGAGGAAGGCGAUAUGGUGGUAGUUGCUGGCAAGGGCCAUGAAGCAUAUCAGGUUGAUGGUGACAAAAAGGAGUUCUUUGAUGACAGGGAGGAGUGCAGGGAAGCACUACAGUAUGUUGACGAGCUUCAUCAAGCCGGAAUAGACACAAGUGAAUUUCCAUGGCGGUUACCUGAGAGCCAUUGAUUUAGUAUAUUGAUACCAAACCAGGAAGAGAAAAUCCGAUUUCUUUGUGGGUUUUUUUGGGAAGAGAACCUCAUCCUAUUGAUCAAAGGGAUAAAUUUCACUGACAUAUUUCCACAUCAGUUUAUGAUAUUUAUUGGAGCUAAUCACAGCCCAAUGCGAAUCUACCUGGGCUGCAGGAUUUGCUUAUUCUUGGAUUACUGUAGUGCAACCUGCCCAUCAGUAACAGUAAGGCAUUUUGCACAACACUCUAGUACUUAGGCAGCAAUAUGGAAAUACCAAUUUUGUAUCUGAAUGACUAUGUAGGUGUCUGUAGUUUGUACAAAGUACGUAUUUUAUUUUAUGCCUUCCUUUGAUGUUGGUUAUCCACUCUGUAUUCUUCAAUGUCUCAAAGUGAAAGAAUGUGAUCAAAUGCCUGA